UACCUCCCCAAAAAGCUCCUAUUUUUACACAUAUACAUAAUUAUGAAAAUCAUCACCGUUUUGGAAAAUAAUCAAUUUGUAAUCGAUGCAUCAUGGACCCCUGAAUUUCUUUUAAUUUUGUGAUCACGUGACUGUGCCACCAAAAACAGACACGAGAGCCGGGAGACAAAAUGGCGUCCGGCGACGUCGAAGACAUCAUUCCUCCCUCGUAUCCCGGCGAAUCCUUUCUCUAUCGCUCUCUCAAAAACACGAUCUCUGGUACAGCGGGUGGGAUCUCUGUUUGCUUGGUAGGACAUCCUUUCGACACUUUAAAAGUCCGUCUGCAAACCCAGCCAGUCGACAGGCCGGUGUACAAGGGACUUGUCGACUGCUUCGUGAAAACUUUGAAAUGGGAAGGCAUUGGAGGGCUUUAUAAAGGUGUAGGUUCACCUAUUGUGGGGCAGAUGUUUUUCAGAGCAACACUGUUUGGAUCAUAUUUUCAGUUUACAGCUUCAUUUGCUGGCAAGGAGCGUGAGGGCCAACGCCUAACACUCCCUGAGUACUACGCAUGCGGUGCAGGAACAGGGCUUGUUGUAGCAUUCAUUGAGGGACCUAUUGACUUGUUCAAGUCUAAGAUGCAGGUUCAGAUUAUCAGGGCCCAGUCUGGGGCUCCCAUACAGUACAGGAAUGUGUUCCAUGCAGGCUAUACCAUAGCCCAGACUUAUGGCAUCAGAGGUUGCUAUCAGGGGCUAUCAGCUACACUUGUAAGAAACAUCCCGGCUAAUGGAUUCUUCUUUGGUUUCUAUGAGUUCACCAAGAAUCUACUAACGCCGGAGGGCGGUACAGUGAAUGAUGUAUCCCCUCUUGGCCUGCUGACAUCAGGCGCAAUGGGCGGGUUCUUCUACUGGUUUUUGACUUACCCCACAGACCUGGUCAAGUCUUCCAUGAUGGCGGACCACUCAGACAAAGCCCUGAGGAAGUACCAUGGCUACAUAGAUUGUGCCAGGAAGCUAUACACAAAUGAAGGCGGAUGGAGGAGGUUUUACCGUGGGUUUACGCCGUGCUUGUUGAGGUCAAUGCCAGCAAAUGCUGCCAUGUUUUUCACUGUUGAAACCCUUAGAAAAUAUUUCCCAUAGCCCUUUAUCUCAGUUAAUACUUACUUGAAAUGGAAGCGGACAAUUUCUAAAUGUGUAUACUUACUUCAUUCUGCUAGAAUUCUUAUAUAGAGUGUGUAAAGACAUAAUUGAUAAGGGUAAAGUAAUAAGACUUUUGUACCUUAUUUCAAUUUACUAGGUAGGGGAAGGGUAGGCAUGGUAUCUUUAACAAUUAUAGAAACUGCAGAAUAUAUAGAAACAAAAUAAUAGAAAUAUGGCUUGAUGGAUAUAUUAAAUCAAGCAUAUGGUAUUUUUCAAUUCAUAUAGCAAAAAUUAUAUUGUUAAAAAAAUUCAUUAUAUUCAAAUCAUGUAUUAUAUUUUCUAAUUUGUGAAUACAUCACCUUUCCAUGUU